CUCCAUACUCUCACCAGCUCUGAGAACCAAACCCAGAAGAGGCCAGAGAAGGAAACGAGAGGUGUCCAGAACCGCAGAAGAGGGGACAGGUAAACUGACCUUCUGUGACUGGGCUCCAGCCUCAGACCCUGCUGCCACAAGGAACUUCCGUGCUGGUGAGAUGACUCAGAGGGCUGGGGCUGCCAUGCUGCCUUCAGCUCUGCUCCUUCUCUGUGUCCCAGGCUGUCUGACUGUGAGUGGCCCCAGCACAGUGAUGGGUGCCGUGGGGGAAACCCUGAGCGUUCAGUGUCGGUAUGAAGAGAAAUACAAGACGUUUAACAAAUACUGGUGCAGACAACCAUGCUUGCCAAUUUGGCAAGAAAUGGUGGAGACCAGAGGGUCCGAGGGAGCAGUGAGGAGUGACCGAGUGAUCAUCACGGACCAUCCUGGGGACCUCACCUUCACCGUGACCUUGGAGAACCUCACGGCAGACGAUGCAGGAAAAUACCGAUGUGGGAUUGCAACAAUACUGCAGGAAGAAAGCCUGUUUGGUUUCCUGCCCGAUCCCUUCUUCCAGGUUCAAGUGCUGGUCUCCUCGGCCUCCAGUACUGAGAACUCUGUGAAGACACCUGGAUCUCCCACCAGGCCCAGCCAAUGCCAAGGGUCCCUGCCCAGCAACACCUGCUUCCUGCUUCUUCCACUCCUGAAGGUGCCUCUGCUCCUGAGCAUACUCGGUGCUAUCCUCUGGGUGAACAGGCCUUGGAGGACUCCUUGGACAGAGUCAUGAACAGGAGAACUUGCAACACCCCAUGCCCCUUGGAACCCUGUCCAGAGACACAGCCCCUCUGACUGCAAAAAGGACUUCUGACCCUGACCCUCAUAUUUCUUUCCAUCUUGUCACCGGAUACUUUUUAAAAGUUAAAAAAAAAUAUGUAGGCCAGGGGCGGUGGCUUACACCUGUAAUCCCAGCACUUUGGGAGGCCAAGGCAGGCAGAUCCCUUGAGUCCAGGAGUUUGAGAGCAGCCUGGGCAACAUGGUGACACGUCAUCUCUACAAAAAAAAUACAAAAAUUAGCAGGGUGUGGUGGUAUGUGCCUGUGAUCCCAGCUACUUGGGAAGCUGAGGCAGGAGGAACGCUUGGGCUCCGGAGGUGGAGGUUGCAUUGAGUCGAGAUUGUGCCACUGUACUCCAGCCUGGAUGACAGAGGGAGACCCUGUCUCAGAUAGACAAAGAAAUAAAUAAAAUAUAUCACAUACACAAGAGUAUGUAUAUGAGGUAUCUAUACA